CAUUUUUUCAAGUCCCACGGAUUACCGGAUCAAUGCGGCAUUCUGAGACCCGAAGAACACUUCACACCGGGGACUCAAAUACUCGCGGCCAGUCCAUCCAAUCCAGACAUUGUUCCAUUCACUACCACACCUGUGUCUUUAACCGAAUCCAGUCCCACAUCACAUCCGUCGUAUCCGAUCGAUUCUGUGGAAAUGUCCAAUUUCUGGACAAAUCCGAACUCAUUUCUAUUCGCGAAUAGUCUAUUGUCCAACUUUGCCGAACGUCUCACUCAGACGGACUAUACCGGUACGGAUAGUGGUGGUGUGGUUACGCAAUCGCUUUUCCCAUCACUAAAUGGAUCGUUGAUAUCCGCGCGUAAUUCCAUCGAUUACUUGUCUGCUGCGGCUGCCGCGGCUGCGGCUGCUGCUGCUGCUGCUGCAUCUUUCCAAUUGAAUAGCAUAAACAAUAACAACAACAACAACACCAUAAUCGGCAGCAGCAACAACGGUAGCACCAUCAACAACAAUAACAACACCAGUGGUAACAUCAAUGAGAAUUCGCGCAAUUCAAUCGACAAAACAAUCCGAGUCUCGAAAGACAGUACCGGACUUCCGGCGGAGAUGCUUUUAGCAUCUUUCUAG